GUUAGAGACACAACACACUGCUGAUUUACAUUUAAACCUGUAUAAAUGUUACGUCUCUCUCUCGGAGCUGCUCGGCUGAGAGUCGCCGCUGGUCCGGUUGGUGUUCAGCGGAGAGCCGGAGCUGAGGUGAGACCCCGAGCUGGGCAGUAACGGUCAAUCACCAUCAUCUCUUCACUCUAUGCCUUGACCUCUAAUCAUGCCAGGACAUAUCUCCCCAACCGGCCCUUCCUGGAGUGCCUCAAUCCCCACUCAGCCAUUCCACUUCCGUCUCCGUAUUGAGCCGAUGGACUGGCGCCGUAUGGCAGCACUGGAUGUGGACCGUGUUGAGAGAGAAACAGACAUAAACGUGCUGCAGGAGUUCAUCAGUGCUGUCACUUUUUGUGCUGUGGAGAGCGAACGGUGUCCGCAGUGCCGCUGUCCAAUUGACACGACACUGCUCAAAGUUCUGCGGAUGUCACAGCUCAGCACAGAGUACCUGCUGCACUGCCAGAACUAUCUGAGCUCACAGGUGGCAGCACUGGAGGAGCGGCUACAGGGAACGCUGUCUCAGGUAGUGCGAGAGGAAGAGGAGAGAGCACGACUCGAGAAAGAGCUGCAGGAAGUCAGGCUGGAGAGCCGGCGCAGGAAGAAGCUUAUCGCCACUCAACAGCUCCUCCUGCAGUCCAGUGCUAAUAACUACCACAAGUGCCAGCUCUGUGAAAAGUCUUUCGUCAAUUACUCUUAUUUACAGUCUCAUGUUCAGCGCAGACACCCUGAGAUCACUGAUGCAGAGAAGCAGAAGAAGAUACAGGUGGAGCAGAUGAAGGAUGGGUUGGAGGAGCUGAAGGAGAAACUUAGACUCACUCAGAGUCGGCUUGAAGCAGAGAGAGAGGCAGAUGUGUAUAGGAGACAGCAGGAGCUGGAGGAGCAGCGGAAAAGAGAGGCAUCUGACCGAGAGAUGAUGGAGAGAUGCAAGGAGGAGGAGAAGAGGACAUUUCAGGAUGAAAUCGAUGGCCUGAGACAGCUCCUUCACCAAGAAUUUGCACAAAUUAAAAAUAAGAGCAUCUCCAUAGAGACUAAACUGCAUGAGUUGGAGAACAGAGAUAAAAACAUGCCUAAUCUAAGAAGCGAGGAUGAAUUUGAAAAAGAACGGAUGAGGAUCAGAGAGACAGAGCUGAAAGAACAAAUGGUUGAGGAGAAGAAUAAAUGGAAGAAGAAAGUGAAAGAGCUGCAUGAUAGACACCAGCAUGAAAAAGAGAAGCUGGAAAGUGAAAAUAUGAGGCUACAGAGGGCUUUGACUGUGGAGGAAAGCACUAGUUCUAGUGUGCACUCACUGAAGCAGCAGGUUGUGUCUCUCUCCUCUCAGCUCAGAGAGAGAGACACACUCAUCCAUUCCCAAAAAAAGAAGAUAAAGACGCUGAUGUCUAGAUCACUGUCAGAAUCCAUUUCAAAAAUGGCUGCUCAGAAUUGUCCAGAAGAAGAAGAGAGUAAUGAAAAGGAAGAAAUUGAAGAAUUAGUGGCAGCCCAAGUGGAACCAGCAAGAGGAGUUCCAGUGCAGAGGAAGAAUUUUAGACCUGUUGUGAAGAAAAGACUGCAGAAGAGACUGGAGGAAAUAGGACUCAGAAAGGGCACUAAGGGGAUCUCUACUCAGACCCUGAGAAGUCUAAUCUAUGAGCGAGGACAGACAUUUAGGAGUCAGACACAGCUGCACGAUUUGAGAAACAACCUUGAGGCCCAGCUAAAGCUAAGAGUAAGAGAGCUGCAGAGGAGCCAGGGAACGCCUACAGCUAGCACACGUGUGUUGUCAAGAAAGAAGGUUUAUAGUCCAGUCAUGCAACAGAGCCCAAGACGCAGGCGGUUCAGUCCCAAAAACUCUCCACAGAAACAUGAGCUUCAUCAGCCUCCUGCACCUGCACCACGCUCCAAAGCUCCUUCACUCACACCAAUUCUGCCAGCACAGCAAAAGAAGAGCAGUACUCCACCCUUCAGCUCAGAAGAGGAGGACAGCGAUGGGUCAGGUGAGGACAGCGCCUACAUCACCAACUCCCGGGACAAACCGUCCACCUCUGUCCACCUCACAGCAACAAAGCAACAGCAGAGAGCACAACAGGAGCUCAGCUGGUCAGACAGUGACGAUUCAGAUGAAUUAAACACACAAAAACCACAACAGUUUUUUAGUACACAUGGUUCUGUUGUUCAAACGCUGACACAAAGUUUAGAAAAGCAGCUGAGCAGCAGCAGUGCUACUCCAGUAGGCGGAAUACGUGUGCUGCCUCCAGCCUCUCAGCCUUCACCUCGACCGUCCAUCAUCAAACAACAUGCGGUGUCUGAGGAAGAGAGCGAUGUGGACUUGUCCUCCAUCGAGGAGCUCACUGCUCCACCAACAGCCGGGCCCAGGAGCACAGAUGUGGGCGGCACCUCAGGCACUAGCUUAUGGAGCUCAGCUGCUAGCAGAGCAGGAGCAUGGUAAAGGGCUUCAAUACUGUUGAAUACUAAAUACUUCAAUGCUCUCUUCAGAACUAAGUUAACUCUUUAAUUGAAAUGUAUAUAUAAUGGAUCUAAAGUCUUAAAAUUUCACUUACCUUCUUUAUUUGACAAUUUACUAUGGG